UCUGCUGUGCCUGCACCCUGCACAUCCUUAGCCAGAGCUUACAAGUGAACAACUGGCUGUGAUGGCAGGAGGCCCCCCUAGCAUCAAGGAGGAGAUGGAAAUGUCCAUGGCCAAAGAACUGGGUACUGGAAGUCAAGGACAAAGCCAAGAGCAACUGGUGAUAGCAGAAAUGAUGGAGCGUGGAUCUCGGUCCCUGGGUGCCUCCCAGAAGCGACAGAAGUUGGAACCAAAGUCUGCUGGCUCUGCUGCAGCCCAACUAAUUUGGAAUAUGACUGCCACCCGGCCCAAGAAAAUGGGGCCCCACCUGCAGGUGCCCAGGAUGCCCCGAGAUCAAGGCCAUGGUGAUCUCCAUUCCCAGGAGUAUCCUGGCAGCUUCCAAGGCAUGAAAUUACAGUAUGAGCGCAACCCAGAGGCAGACAUGGUGGCGGAGAUUGGCCUGGAAGAGCUCAAUGGGCUGGAGAUGGAAGUCAUGAGAAGACAGCUGAGUGUGAUCACUGGGCGUUUGCGCGCCCUGGAGGACCAGAGCACCGCCUGGCGUCGCCGGGAUGUUCUGUUCUUCACCAUGCUGGUGUCGGCCUGCACCGUCAACCUGUGGCUGUGGAUGCGCCAGUGA